GAACGGGAUCAAUGUAAAGUGUUAUGACAGUCAACACUGAUAUAAUUGUAUAGUUUUCGUGUAAGUCAACCUUCGGAAGUGGAACGAGUAAAAAAAAGAAGGUAAAAGAUUGAAUACUUAUUCAGUUGUUGCGUGCGUGUGGUAUACAACAGCAAGAAAUCUAGACUAAAGACAGAAAUAAAGAGUUUGGACUUGAAAAACUAUUUCUCUGUUUUUCUAUCCAUUUCAUGGCAAGUUUCAAGAAUAAAACAAGAGAUGAAAUCCCAACAGCGAGUUUAUUAGCCCAACUGAAGCCUUCUGAAGUGAAUGAGAAUCAUCAUCCAGGUUGGGAAACAUGGCAGUGUGCCUUUGCACCUGAUGAAUCUUACUUUGCAUGGUCUUGUGGAAAUCGUCUUGUCACACUUGUACCUUGGAACAGAUGCAAGUCCACUUUGGCUUCAACUGAUGAUACUGACGAUGAAGGUCGUAAACUUCCACAUAAAACCAUCACUAUUAACUGUGGGAGUUUGGUAAAGUCUAUUGCUUUUGGGUCAACCAUUUCAGAUAAAAAACAUCUAUCUUCAAGAGCUUUCUGGACACAUUUCAGUGUUUCUAAGGAUCUAGUCCUCGCUACUGGCCUUAACAAUGGUCGCAUACGCACAUGGGAUAUAUCUACAGGACAUUUAAUAUUGGAGCUUAUGGACCAUAGGAGUGUUGUAACUCAUGUUGCUUUUGCUCCAAAUGGUAGUCUAGUCUUGGCAUCUGUGUCACAAGAUACAACCAUCAAGUUUUGGGAUCUGAAUGAUGAUGGAAACAUGUUUAAAACUCUCAAGAUGAAUGGGAAAGCAGUGUAUUCUUGUGCCUGGUCUCCAGAUACCAAAACUCUGGCAACAGUAGGAAUGUGUACAUCUGUAUAUGUAUGGGAUACUAGCACGUUCAUCCUGAAACUGCGACUCACUGGUCACAAACAUGAUGUUGUUGCUUGCGAGUUUUCUCCUGACAGCUGUCUUAUAGCAACAGCAUCAUGGGAUACACAGGUUUUUCUGUGGGAUGCUCAUACUGGAAAGAAACUAAAGUGUUUUGGCCACCUGUUCCCACCUCCAAGACUCAUCUAUGCAUCUGGAGCAAACGGAACAUGGGUACGGGGAUUAUCAUUUUCUCCCGAUGGAUCCCACAUAGCAACAGUAGCAGAUGAUGGGUACAUGAGGUUCUGGGACAUUUUAUCUGAAGAUGAUCCAGUGGCUGUAGGAACUGUGGAAGAGGCCUUAUGCUGUACAUAUUCUCCAUCUGGACGGGUCUUAGCUGUAGGGACUCGAGAAGGAAAGGUGAGCUUUUGGCAAGCAGCUAUGUCAGUGAAGCCACUACUGUAUCUCUGCAGAUUGGUAAUCCGUCGACAGACCCCUCCUGAGACAGUUGAGAAUCUAUUUAUUCCGAAACGACUAACAAAUUAUUUGUUAUACAAAGAAUUAGAAUGAUUGCAGCUUAUUUUACUCACUGCUGUUAAACUCCUUCAGUCUUUGAUUGAUUAGAAUGAAUUUAAAGAACGUUUUUCAAGAUUGAGGUGCUUUCCUGAGAAGUAUAAAAUGAAAUGUACUCUAACGUUAGAAAGCUAUUCCCUAAACAGGUGGAUAAGGCCACCAGAAACAGUUCAUUCAGAGAUCUUGUACAUAGGUGUGUCUUGAUCUAAUUGUUUAUAUAAAUAUACAUAUAUGAACUCUUUUAUAAUUGUA